UUUGUGGAGAGAGACUGUUCGUCUCCUCCUCUUCUUUUUGUUUUCUUUUCGCGGCCUGAACUUUACCCCCUUGUCUUUUAAUUUUACCGCCAUCGUUGUUACGCCGUGUUCUUGUUCUGCUGCCAGGUGUCUUGUCGUCUGCAAUGGCGCCUGACUCUCACAGCGCCCACAUGGCCAAUGGCACCCACAUGUGUGCCAACUGCGCGCGCAGCAAAGAUGGACCUACCCCCACUCAACGUUCGUACGACAACGACAACAAUAUCCACGACGGCGAUUCCUACAUUCAGCAAAGCAUCGAACAACCCAACCCACCCACGACCAACAUGGUCAAUGCCUCCCACUCCGGUCCCUACAGAAUCUACAUCGUGACCGAUACCUGUUACCCCACGGCCGAUAGCUUCCAGAACAACGUCGGUACCACGCACAUCACGUCUGUGCAUUCCACGAAAGCGGCAGCCAACAGCCGAGCCAAGAAGAUCAUCUACGAGAACGACGGCGAGUGUACGGUCGAUCUUGACAAGAUCAUCGAGGAAGUGAAGAAAGGAUUAUACAUUGGGAUAGGAGUUGGUGGCAAGGACGAAAAAAGUGGCAGCUGCUUCGCGCGGAAGUGUGAGGUGGAGGGCAAGAUCGUGGACGAAGACAGCGAUAGCGAGGAGACGAGCGGCGAAAGUGGCGAGAGCGAUCUUGUGGAUGGCAUGGGGGAGGCAGACGGCGAUGUGGAGAUGGGCUGAUGAGAGGAAUAGAACGAUACAAACUGCAAACCCAAGAAGCCGCGGCAAACAUGGGUAGGGACCAGGAUCUGCUGUCGACACGCACACGAAGGCAUGGAAUGCAGAAUCAAGAACGGCUCAAGGAGCUGAGAAA